AUGCUCCCGAGGACGGGUACUCUGAAGAAGUUCUUUCCGGAGAAGGGCAUUGGCUACAUAUCUCCUGACGACGGCAGCGAAGAUGUCUUCAUCCAUUUCCAGGCUGUCACCAAUGGCGGCGAGAAUGACAUGAUCCCAGGGGCCAGGAUGAGCUACGAUCUGGAGAUCAAUGACCGGAAUGGAAAGACAAAGGCGGUUCGAGUGACCAUCGACUCUCCGGGUGACCCCAGCUCCCAGUACAAAGGCGGCGGUGGAGGUAAAGGAGGCUAUGGAAAAUCUUACGGAGGCUACGGCAAGGCUCCUACCGGAGGCAAGGGUCAUGGGUCUGGCCCCUAUGACGGGGGCAAAGGCGGAGGUGCCGCCGGCUACGACAUGAAUGCGCUUUGGGCCGCUCUGUACGCACAGGCAGCAGCGCUGGGGGGAGGAGGAAUGGGAGGGGGGGCAACUGAGCAAUCGUAUGGUGGCAGCUCCACUACAACGCAGUGGUAUUGA